AUGCAGGUGUUGCGAAGAGGCAACUACGCCGCGGGUGUAAUUGUCCGGAAGAGGGGUUCUUCACAAAUUGAGGAUUCCAUGUUGGUCUACCGCUUCGAAUAUGGCAGAACCUACAACCGGUUAGACUUGCAACACCACAUUUGCCUCCUGACGCUUGGGGGUAGCCUGGAUCUUGCGCCUCCUUGCCAAUCGAGCGACGAGGUUGGCAGGGUGCUUGAUAUUGGCACGGGAACCGGCGUCUGGGCAAUGCAGUUUGGCGAUGAUCACCCCGAAGCUAAAGUUAUCGGCGUUGACCUGUCCGCAGUACAACCGGGAUUAACGGUCCCGAACGUCAAGUUCGAGAUUGAUGAUAUUCAGGAGGAAUGGACAAUCGGAGGGCCCUUUGGUUACAUUCACAGUCGCUUCAUGACAUCAAGCAUUGCAAAUUGGGAAGAUUUCCUCACCCAGUCCUUCACUGGCUCAGUUGCUAAAAGGCGAAACACUCUACAGUAA